AUGGUUCCAGGCCACAGUUACAGAGUGAUGUCAGCUCACCUGCUAGUAUGUUUCCCAAUGCAUUUGUUGAAGGGACCGUUACCUAUUGUAGCAUAUGCAGUGGGGUUGGAGGAUCGUGAGUGGAGUUCAUUAUGCAAGAUGGCCGAGGUGCAGCUCUCCAUCAUGUACGAGGUCUUCUACAGCAAGGCCCCGGUGAUCUACACUUGGUGCGGGCUCUGCAUCCGUGUCAUGUCGCCAUUGGCCACUAUCACCGCUUUCCUGUUGUUCCGUCGAUUCAGUGAAGAAGAUGAUGACAACGAGUACAACAGAGUACAUGUCGCUGUCACCUAUGUUUUGCUGGCUGGCGCCGUCGUCCUGGAGGUCACAUCAUUGCUACGAGCCAUGUUCUCCAGCUGGGCACAAGCGGCCAUCUUCAAAAUGGGUAUUUCUAUAGGGAAUAUGGAGGUUCUUUUUAUGUAUCUUCGGAUUGUGGUUACCUUGCCCCGUAAUCUCUGUUACUAUGCAAUGUCAAAGGCAGGAGUGCCAAUAAGGUAUUGGUCGGGCUCCAUGGGGCAGCACAACCUUAUCCACAUGUGCACAAAGAGCAGGGACAGUCGGAGCAGCAAAAUCGUGAGGUGGAUGGGACGCGAGGACUUGUGGAACAUGCUGGUUUACACUUCGUCCAUUCCAGUCCCGGAAGAUUUCAGCGAGUUGCUUCGGGAACAAAUGUUGCAAAGUGUGGGCGUCAGCACAGAGAGCCCAGAUCACAUCCAGAACUCACGGGGCCAGGCGGCGCUGAAGAGGAUGGGUAUAUCGCAAGAGGAACUGCUCAGCUGGAACGUGGACAUCGAGCUGGAUGAGAGCAUCCUCGUGUGGCACAUCGCCACUCAUGUGUACCUCAGCUGGCACGAUGUGAGAUACUCGCCCAGGCCAGAUCUUUUUAAGACGGUCGAGGUGCUCUCCAACUACAUGGUUUUCCUGCUUGCCGCACGUCCGCACAUGCUGCCCAACAAUGCUAGUCGACAGAGGUAUAUUGAAUUGUGCAACAAGGUGAUCAAUAAUCUCAAGUAUAACUCAGCAGAAGAGCUGGUCGCAUUAAUACGGCAGCGCGGGGAAGAGCUCAAUAGUCCUGAGACUGCUCAGACAUUGCAAGCUAAAUCAACAAUGGAUAGCCAUUCGCCUGAUGAGACUACUGAAACAUUGCAAGAGAAUUUAACAUUUGACAGAGCAUCUCGACUUAGCGCGAAGCUGAUAGGCAUGGCGUCAGAGACACCUGCUAUGGGUCCUUGCAUGCUGGACCUCAUCUCCGAGGUGUGGAUGCAGAUGCUGUGCUACACGAGCUACAGGUGCACACCAGAUUCCCAUGCCAGACAACUCAGCAACGGCGGAGAGAUCACAACCAUCGUUGCUAUUCUGAUUGAAUACAUGAAAUCGAAUAUCUUCAACUUCAAGCACAUUGGAUCCACACCAUCCGAUGAUGAUCCGUAG